AUGAACCUGGCCCAGGCCACUGUGCUCCUGUGGGUGUUGGGGAGCCUCCAGGCCUUUGAAAUCGUGGAGAAGGAGAACAUUUUUCAGAGGACCCCCUGCCCAGCGUUCCUGAUGUUUGACAAUGCAGCCUACCUGGCUGACAUGAGCUUCGAGCUCCCCUGCCACUGCAAGCCCGAGGAGGUUUCCGCUGUCGUCUGGUACUAUCAGAAGCACCUCGGCAGCGGCCACACCAAAGUGCUGACGGACUUUGAUGGGCGGGUCCUGACGGAGGCAGCCCAGGUGCGCGUGGGCAGCGACAUGCUGGUCCGCUUCAGCAUCCACAUGUUCAGCCUGUUGGUCUUCCGGGCGCAGCCCGAGGACUCAGGCUUGUAUUUCUGCGGCACCCGCAAGGGGGACUACUUUUACGCCUACGACGUGGACAUCCAGAGCAGUGAGAGGAUGGUGGCCACCUUCGAGGACCAGGGCCAGGAGCCCUUUGCAGAUGAGUACCACGGGAGCCUCCGUGUCUUCACCACCUUCUGGGAGUGGACCCCCUGCGACCGCUGCGGGGUGCGCGGGGAGCAGUGGCGCAUUGGCCUGUGUUACCUGCAGAGCCCAGGCCUCUCCCCCCGCUACCGCAAGACACUGCCCGACGUGGUGUCCUGUGGUUCACGGGCUGUGCCCAGGCAGCUCCGGGCCAAGGCCAGAGACCACGUCCCCGAGCUGCUGCUUCGGAGCUGCCUGGUGCCCUGCGAGGAGAAGAAGAAAAUCCAGGAGGGUGUGAUGGCCCUCUUCAGCUACGUGGCCAAAGUGGGCAGCCGGCCCUGGUUGCCCCCGGUGCCCAUUCAGUUCCACCAGCAGAGGCUGGGCCAUGGACUAAUCAUCUCCUGUCCCGGGGCCCGGCCGGAGCAUGCCGUGGCCUGGGACAAGGACCAACAGUACCUCUACCGCACGCAGUACCUAAAGGGCGUCAACAGGUCCAUGAGGGUGUUCAUCGACCACGGCAACCAUCUCCACAUCCGCUUCACCCAGCUGGAAGACCGGGGCAUCUACUAUUGCUGGCGGCAGGGCGUGCGCAUCGCUGGGCUCCGACUGGGCGUGACAUCUCGAGGCCGCUACCCAGUCUCGUUCUCCAACCCCGAGAUUCGGGCUGCCCUGGUGCUCACCCUGAUAGGCUACCUGCUCAUCACGGCAGUCUUCAUCACUAUUCACCUCUGUCGUUGCUGCUGUUACUUAUUCCGCUGUUAUCCCAACUUCUCCCCCUAGGCUCUCUCUUCCCAGCUCUGAAGACCAGUUGUGCUCAAAUGUGUUUGUUAAAUGGUACCAGAUGCCUCUGGAUAGGCAUCCUGAGCUGGGAUGUGUGGCAGGGCAUGUGGACAAAGUUGUUAGCUAUAACCUGCUCCCUGCUGUCAUGAGCGAGUCUGAGACCCAAUCCGGGAAGUGGGGAGGCCCGAGGCUGGUGGGAGAUGGGGGACUGGAGCGAGAUGGAAGU